UAAAAUCCAAGCCGCGCUUCCCGACGUUGAUUUGUCGACCCGUUCCGUACUUCUUCGUCUUCUUCAGUUUUAUUUAAACCGACGAUCAACAAUGUUUCUGAAGAAACUUCUCACUCUACUUCACCAAAGUCUAAAAAAGCUCUUCUUAUUCGUUAUCAAGAUGGUAGCACCCAGUUCAAUCCCGAAGCUCAAAUCACCCGGUUCAGACCCAGAGCUCACAUCACCCAGCUCAGACCCAGAGCUCCAAAUACCCAGUUCAAACUCAGAGCUCAAAUCACUUGCUUCUGAUCCCCCACCAUUCGACCCCACUCAACCAUCGGUGCCUGUGUCCUACCCGAUCAAAACCCUUGAAGAGCUUGAGUCGAGGUCUUACUUUGACUCAUUUCACUACCCCUUCAACAAAGCUUCGGUUCCACUUCAACAUGGAACGACGGCGUCGUCGCCCGAUAGGCCUCAACUUCUUGUGUGCCAUGAUAUGGCUGGUGGGUAUGGAGACGAUAAGUGGGUCCAGGGAGGGACUAAUGGCGAGGCUUAUUCUAUAUGGCAUUGGCAUCUGAUCGAUGUUUUUGUCUACUUUUCUCAUAAUCUUGUUGCUCUUCCUCCUGUUUCAUGGGUUAAUACAGCUCACCAACAUGGCGUUAAGGUACUGGCAACUUUCAUUGUUGAAUGGGAUGCGGGGAGAGCCAUUGCCGACAAGUUGCUUGCAACAGAAGAGUCAUCUCGAAUGUAUGCUGAUAGGUUGACAGAGCUCGCUUUAGCUUUGGGCUUUGAUGGAUGGCUGCUCAACAUGGAAGUUAAGUUAAACGUGAACCAAAUUCCAAAUCUGAAAACAUUUAUCAGCCAUUUGACUCAGACUAUGCAUUCAAAAAUUCCAGGCUCUUUAGUCAUAUGGUACGACAGUGUCACGGUCAACGGCUCCCUUAGUUAUCAAAAUCAACUGAACCAUAGAAAUAAACCUUUCUUUGAUAUUUGUGAUGGAAUCUUUCUCAAUUACUGGUGGCAGGAAGACUAUCCUAGUAGCUCAGCUGCUGUUGCCGGGGAUAGAAAGCACGAUGUCUACUUUGGCAUAGAUGUAUUUGGAAGGAAUACUUUUGGUGGUGGACAAUGGAAUACAAACUUCGCACUUGAUGUGCUGAAAAAAGGUGAUGUGUCAGCAGCUGUAUUUGCUCCUGGAUGGGUCUAUGAGACUAAACAGCCACCAGAUUUUCAGACUGCUCAAAAUCAUUGGUGGAGCCUUGUGGAGAAAUCGUGGGGAAUAGGACAACGUUAUCCUAGCGUCCUACCAUUCCACUCAAAUUUUGAUCAGGGCCGGGGUCACCAUUUCUCUGUUGAUGGACUGCAAGUUCUAGAUUCUUCGUGGAAUAACCUUUCAAGUCAAGGCUUUCAGCCGUUUCUCGAGUACAAGAACAGCUUUACCACCGAUGACAUAAAAGUGCUUGUUGAUCUCAAGGAAGGAUCUUACAGAGGCGGAAGUAACAUCACAUUCAAAGGAAGUCUUAAAGGCAGUGCUGAUUUCACAACAAGACUCUUUCUCGGAGAGCUUCCUUUGGGGAACUCACCUCUUUAUUUUACAUAUUCUGUGAAAUCUAAGGCAAAUUCUCUACUAGGCCUAAAUCUCAAUUUCUCUACCGGGGCAGGAGAAAAAAAGGCUGUACUUCUUGCACCGGGAAAAGUAGAUCAUCUCUCAAGCAAAUUUAGCAGAGUGGUCACAACACGUGAACUAGAAAAUUUCGGAGCUUCUUCAGGAUGGACCAUACAGGCGAGUAGUAUCUCACUUAGUGGACACACAUUAACAGAAAUCUCUGCUUUUUGCUACAAGCCAGACCCUCGGAUUGUGAAAUUAGAUGACAGUAACUCUUCAGAUCAAAGUACGGCCUCAGCCGAGUACUAUGCAGUGCUUGGCCACAUAACAGUCAAAAGUUCAGAACAGAAAUCAAAUUUUCCACCCUCUUCCUCAUGGGCUUUUAAGGAAGAACACAUCAAAUGGACUCCAGGUUCUGAUGGUGCUCAGACUGUGAGUGUAAAGAUCAUUUGGAAUUUGAAAGAUGGGAAUGAUUCUACCUUCCCAAAAUACAAUAUUUAUGCAAAGAAAGUAGAUGCAGACCCGUCUGGAAAGCUAGAAGCAGCAAGUGAGUUCCUUGGAGUGGCACGAGUUCAAGCGUUUUAUGUUGCUGACUACUCAAUUCCCUCUGGGAGUUCUGGUGUCACAUUUUUCAUUCAAGUGUGCAGUGUUGAUGGGAGCAGCCAGACACUAGAUGCUUCCCCCUCUUACCAUUUGAACCAACCCCCUAAAGAUCAGCAACAUUAUAUGUGUUACUAGUUCUGUUCUUGAAAUGUCUCCUUCACAUCAUGAAGAAGCAAGGUUUGCCUACCUAUGCAGUACGCAGCAUGGUGUAAAACAACAAUAAGAAUGCUUAAUAACGAGGACAUUAAUCCAAAGUAUGAUGGUUCACUAAAGUCAUCAAUUUUUAUCACUACGAGUUGUCUUUUUUAUUUGAACAUUACUAGUGAAUGUCCAUCUUAAGGAAGCUGCUAUGGUUAUUAUUUCUUAGACUA